GACCCAAACAAACGCAUGGACGUAGAUCUCCUCCUGUACCAGUUCCAGAGAAGAUGGUGUCUGCUCUGCUCACCUUGUUCUCCUCGAGGAAACAUGUUCAACCUGCUGAGCAACUGCUGCAGCUGGGUCUCCAAAAUCCAGGAGCCACUCAGGAAAGCCACCGUUCUCGUUGUUGGUCUUGACAAAGCAGGAAAAACGUCAUCCAUCAGAGGGAUCCUGAGAGUUCCCACUGGUGCUGACCCGGGGCCCACCCACGGCUGCGUCAGGAACGAGCUGAGGGUUGAGAACUACCUGGUCACUCUGCUGGACGUCGGAGGAUCCGUGGAGUGGCGCGGAGCCUGGAGGGAGCUCUACGGAGAAGCUCACGGUCUAAUCUUUGUGGUGGACUCCAGCGACAGGCAGAGGAUGAAGGAGGCCCGGGAGGUCCUGGCAGAGCUGCUGAAGCAGCCGAGGGUGGCGGGGAAACCUGUACUAGUGCUGGCCAACAAACAGGACAAAAUGAACGCCUUGGUGGGAAGUGAACUGAUUGAGAUUCUGUCUUUAGAGAAGCUGGUCAACCAGAGCCGCUGUCUGUGCCAUAUUGAGCCGUGCUCAGCCUUAAUGGACCUGCGGCGUUGGUCGGACAGGAAGAUUCUGCGAGGCCUUCGCUGGCUGCUGCGGGCCGUUUGUCUGGAUUAUCCAGAGCUGUGUGCUCGGGUGGCCCAGGACAGCAAGAGGCCUCUGGAGCCGAGAGAAAGAGAAAAGAAAGGAAAGUCCGAGAAAGUACAAAGAAAAGCCAAAGUGGAACGAACGCAAUCCAGCAAGUCAGAUCUGCGUCAGCAUCAUGGACCCAGAGAGAAAAAGACAAAGAGCAAGGCCGAGGGAACGAUGCAGCCCAUCAGGAACAUCCUGGAAACGGAGACCUCUCUGAAAAAGCAGCUGAGGACGAAGAAGAAGAAGAAGAAGUCCAUUAAGGCCGACAAGGAUGAAAAAGAUGAGGUGGCUCAGGAACAAGAAGAGGAAGAGGAGGGUGAAGGCAAUGAAGGAGAGCAAGAAAACUCUGUUCACAGAAACAAAGCCAGCAGUGCUUUGAUUCUUCCAAAGAAAAGCAAACUGAAGUGUGAAACACAAGUGAAGGAAGAGACGCUGGAUGUUGCAGAAGCACUCGAAAACGACGACACGAUGCUGAAAGCUAAAGGUAAAAAGAGGACAAAGAAAAAAAUUGGGAAAGUGAAAAGAAAAAAUAAAAUCAACAUAGAGGAGAUGCCUGGGGCGUAUUCUCAACCCGUGGACCUUUCUUCCACCUUUGAUCUCUACAGAAAAGCAAUUCUGGCUCUGAAGGAGCGUCAGGAUCAGGGACAGAGACCAGGUUGAGUCCAGCCAGCUGUGUGAAGAUGUGGUCAUCAGGACAACCAGGCUGUUUAAACAAGUUAGAUUCACUUACCGCCCAAUCCCUGAGUCUUCGGCUACAAUCUAGAGUGCUAUGAUGGGAAGAAUUAUGGAGGUUUUAUUUGAAAAUAUAUAGGAAUAUAAAAAGAAAACAUGUAUUUUUG